AUGUGGUGGUUACUUACUCAGCACUUUGGUCUUCGGAGCAGGCAAGAGCAUCACCAAAUGAAAAUGGACGACUUCAGCAUUGUCGAAGCGGACAAUGGCGUUGCGUACAUACAAUACAAAGAAGGGCCAACGAAGACCAGACAAGGCGGUUUGAAUUACAAGGCGCCUCGAAAUUUCCAACCACGAAUGUUUCAAACAGAAGGAGAAAGAUGCCCAGUUGCUUUAUUUCGGGAGUACGUAAGCCGAAGCCCUUUAAGUUUGCAGCAAACCGGCCCAUUUUAUCUCUCAGUGAAAACUAGCAGACGACCUGACGACCACAUUUGGUACAAAGUUCAGCCGAUGGGAGUAAACAAGAUCGAUUCAAUGAUGAAAAAUAUUGUAUUUGGCACGAGUUUGGAAUGUAGUGGUAAAAAAUUUUCAAACCACAGCGCCCGUAAAACAGUGGUUGGGAAGCUGAAAAAGGCAAACCUUGAAAGGUCCGACAUUGCAAAGGUUACUGGCCACAGAAAUAUACAAUCACUGGAUGACUACGACGAAGCUGACGAGCAGGAGCAACAAAAUCUUUCCUUGGCAAUUUCAAGAAGGAAUUAUACACCAGAAGAGUAA